CGAGCCGUGUCCUUCGAUCGGACGUGCGCUAAAUCGUUUCUAUGGUACACAUAAGUACGCACUGUAACCAUUGCUUUUACGAGACUUCAAAGUUCAAUUACGAUAAAGCGUCACUGAUGUUGUUUCUUCGAGUUGCUCCGUUCGGACAUUGUCGUGGAAAAUGAUUGAAUGUAUGUACCGCAUGCAAUAAACGAGACUUUCGACCUUUCAUCGUUGCUUAUGGCUCGAUUAGAUUAACAAUUAAUCGCAAGGCGCGUUUCUCUUUGUUGGUGAUAGAACGUGGCACGGCCGACAAAAUGGUUAGAUCAUUUGAAAUUUUAUUCGUUUCCGUGGUCUCGCUACGAUGAUUACAAAUCGUUGUUGCGACUACCCGUAUAUACCGUUCCCUCCAGUUUUUUCGUCAGAAAUCGGCCUACCGUGCCGUACACCAGAACGAGAAGUCGAUGGUGAAAACGAAUGCGCGAAAUGUGUUAUUUAUUAAUAUUGCAGCGUAAGCUACAUCGAAAUGAAACAACAUUCGAACCUGUCGAAACAUUUCUGCGCAAGCGUCACGAACGAUAUUAACGAUGUCCAUGAAGGAAAACAAAAAUUUUGUAAAUCAUUUGUAAUGCCGAAAGAGCAUUAGCGACUCGCAUCAUUCGUCGACGUCAGCGCAAUUUCUGCUCAAACGAUGUGCAAACAUGUUCGUCGAUACGAUAAAUAACAAGUUUUUGAAAAUCGAAACAAGAAAAGAUCAGUGGUGAAAGUUCAAUGAGUAUGAUCGAACAAAAGGGAGAAGAUAGAAAAAAAUUGUAACAUUUUAACGUUGCAAUAUGUCCAUAUGUCUUGCAGAUUUAUACGAAGGAGGCCACGAUGGUUUCUUAAGCGACGGCGACUGUGAGCGCAUACGUCAGAGUAUGGCACAUGAGUCAUUCGAGAGGAAACGAGGACGGGGCGCUUGAUGCGCCCACGAUAUCGUCGUCCCUGCGCGGAAAGUGAGCGUAGAGAACCGAUCCGUACCGGAGAUGGCCGAAGUUACCCCAUCGUGCGGCAGUCGAGCCCGAGCGAUCCCCCGAUCGCGGUCGUGCGUGCUGGAACGACAGGUACGGCCAGUCAGUAGUGGAUUAGCAACAACGGGAGCAGCAGCGACGGUGGCGUAACGUUAACAACGAAACGAAAGAAGAUGUAUGACCGUUCGAGUCGUCGUUAGACAUCGUCGAACGGUUAAAUAACGUUGCAUUCAGCCAGUCCGGAAAUCCGUCGUGAAACAAAAAGUGUACCAAGACGCUGGCUGCUCCACGGAAUAUGUACGUGACGAAGGUGGGCGAGGGCCGUGCGAAAAAGUGGCGAAAACUGUGAGAGAGGUACAGUGCCUCCACAUCGGUGGCAGUGGCGGUGUUGGUAGUAGUGGUGCUGGUGGUGUGGUGGUCGUGGCGGUGGUGGUGGUGGAGGCGGUGUGGCGUUGCUGGUGCUACUUCAGUGUGUAUGCGCGUGUGUAUUGGUUGGACACGCACUUCGGCGGGGCCGUGGUUCUCGCUCUCUCUCUUCUGUUCCGUCUCGUUCCCUCCUUCUCUCUUACCCCUCUAUUCACCGCGACUCUCCUCUUUGUCGCUCCUACGGAGGCCAUCGUACCGAAAGCGACCGAGCCAGGCCAGGCACUACGCAAGAUGGCUGUGUGUCGCUAACGAGAGGCCGACAAACCAGACGGGGAAAAGACAACCCGGGAAUAAACGGAACAUGCUGCUACGUGAUCGUCGGGCCCGUCCCUGAAGAGAGAGACACUGGCCAAGAAACGAGAGCUAAGUUGGAUGAGACACUGUCAUCACGGGGAAACCUGAUAUUCGGUCGGUAGAUGCCUUUUGAGAGCCGCUGGCCCGAAUCACCGUGGAACCAUACAAAGCCACAUGGAAUGUGUGACAUGUUCAUCCAAACACAGCAGACGAGUAGCGUCAACGGCAGCAGCAGCAGCAGCAGCAGCAGCAGUAACAACACCGUUCACCAUCAUAGCAAGAAACGCAAGUUGGAGUACAACGUGAGUCAGCCGGUGAUCCAGCACGCAUUGGUCCAAUCGACCGGCGACUACCAAUUAGACAAUACCGGUCUGCAACAACGGUACUCCGUGAACGGUGCUAAUACCGCGUUUAGCUCGCUGCACAACAAUAAUGCGCUGCAGAAGAGUAGCCCGAACCAACAGACCCUGGUACGAGCCUCGACGAUCAAGCUCUUAGACACGUACCAACGCUGUGGCCAGAAGAGAAAAACUUGGUCGAGGGAGGGUAAUGGUGACGGCUUGGCAGUCCACUCCGCCAACGCGACGAACGCAGUGGGUAGUACUGUAGUGUCGCAGCACCAUACUCAACAGCAACAGCAGCUGCAACAACAACAGCAGCAGCAGCAACAACAACAGCAGCAACAACAGCAACAUAAGCAAACAGGGAUGACGGCGCACAGUAAACAAGUGACUAAUGCUGCCAAUGGAGGCGGUGGCAGCAACCCCCAGGGCGAUGGAGAUUACCAAUUGGUCCAGCACGAAGUUUUGUACUCUAUGACUAAUCAGUACGAGGUCCUCGAGUUUUUGGGCAGAGGGACUUUUGGACAGGUCGUAAAAUGCUGGAAGAAAGGAACCAACGAGAUAGUAGCGAUCAAAAUUUUGAAGAACCAUCCAUCGUAUGCGCGCCAAGGGCAGAUUGAGGUCUCCAUCCUGUCUCGACUCAGUCAGGAAAACGCGGAUGAGUUCAACUUUGUGCGCGCUUACGAGUGCUUCCAGCACAAAUCCCACACCUGUUUGGUCUUUGAGAUGCUAGAACAGAAUCUGUAUGAUUUUCUGAAACAAAAUAAAUUUUCACCCCUUCCGCUCAAAUACAUCCGACCUAUCCUCCAACAAGUCCUCACCGCUCUUUUGAAAUUAAAGCAACUGGGGUUGAUUCACGCGGAUCUUAAGCCAGAAAACAUCAUGCUGGUGGAUCCAGUACGUCAGCCUUAUCGUGUCAAAGUUAUUGAUUUCGGGUCAGCCUCCCACGUAUCUAAAGCUGUUUGCAACACGUACUUGCAAUCGCGAUAUUAUCGUGCACCUGAAAUUAUACUUGGACUUCCAUAUUGUGAAGCGAUAGAUAUGUGGUCACUCGGCUGUGUGGUUGCAGAACUGUUUCUAGGAUGGCCUCUAUAUCCUGGUAGUUCGGAAUACGAUCAGAUUCGAUACAUAAGUCAGACUCAAGGCCUACCCACGGAACAUAUGUUAAAUAAUGCCAGCAAAACAACUAAAUUCUUUUACAGAGACAUGGAUAGUACAUAUCCGUUUUGGCGAUUGAAAACACCUGAAGAGCACGAAGCCGAGACGGGAAUCAAAUCUAAGGAAGCGAGAAAGUAUAUUUUUAACUGUCUCGACGAUAUUGGUCAAGUGAAUGUUCCGACUGAUUUUGAGGGUGGUCAACUUUUGGCUGAGAAAGCGGAUAGGAGAGAGUUCAUUGACCUUUUGAAGAGGAUGCUCACAAUGGACCAGGUAGAGCGCCGAAUAACACCUGGGGAGGCUCUGAACCAUGCCUUUGUUACGCUCGCCCAUUUAGUCGAUUAUGCACACUGUAACAAUGUUAAGGCUUCCGUCCAAAUGAUGGAGGUUUGUCGACGGGCAGGUGAUUUCACUGCAAGCCCAGCGCAUCACCAAGCUCCUCCAGCGCCUCAGCCACCUCCGCCGACCUCGUUGGUAGCUAACUUUGUACCGACGACGAAUGGCAGUGCUGUAACUUUCACCUUUAACAACCAGUUGACCAAUCAAGUACAGCGUUUGGUCAGAGAACAUCGCACUGCGCAAACAGGAUAUGACAAUCUGUAUCAAAUAUACAGUAACAGUAGUCGUCGCGCGACUCAGUACAGUAGCUCGUCUAGCGGAUCGAACAGUGGACGAAGCGGAGUGCACGACUUUCCGCAUCAAUUGGUCCCUGGUCUGCUUUGUCAUCCACCCAGUUAUCAGACGAUGCCAAGUCCUGCAAAACACGUAGUUGUUGCUCAACCACCACAGGCACAACAGGGUCCGCUACAGAUUCAACCAUCGAUCAUAUCGCAGCAGGCUGUUGCUGCGGCAGCUGCAGCUGCUCAGCAACAGUACGCAGCGGUACCAGUGUCCAUGGUUGAAACUGGACGUCAAAUGUUAUUAACGAACGCUGUACAAACCUCUUGGCCUGGUGGAAGUCGUCAAAUGGCUGCCAUCGUACCAUCGUGGCAGCAGUUGCCACCGCAACAUGCAGCCAUACAGCAGCCUCUGCUGAGCGACGCUGGAGAUUGGGGGAGACCUCUUAUUGUCGAUAGUUCUGCUAUUCUGCAGGAUCAGCGGCCAGUAUUCCCUGUCACGGAAGUCUACAACACUAGCGCCCUUGUUGAACAUCCGUCUCAAAGUUGGGGCAAGCGUAGCGUGACGAAACAUCAUCAGCAUCACGUAACGGUACCUCAACAGUCUCAGCACAGGCACGAGCAUAAGAAGGAGACCCAACAAUUGAGUCCUGUGAAGAAGAGGGUGAAGGAAAGUACACCACCUAGCAACAUGAGACGGCAUUCGCCUACGAGUGGUCACUGGCAACAACCACCCAUGCAACAGCAUCACCAUAGCAGCAAACACAGCAGCAGUCAUAAUGUGGAACACCAUCAAGUUACAUCCGGUCGGCAGCAAACCAUCACGAUCCACGACACUCCAUCGCCAGCUGUUUCUGUUAUCACGAUUAGCGAUAGCGAGGACGAAAUACCCGGCAAAUGCUGUGAAGAUCGUCAGUGCGGAGCCUGUCAAAAUUUGGCAACUCGCCUGUCUGGCGAUGGACGUCCAGUCCGUGAGGAAGUCAUUCGAAGUACGCAGUCGACGCCACGCGUGGUUCAGCCGAUACAACAAACUCAUUCGACCACUCAGCCUCAUACCAACGGGCACGUUACGACGCAUAGCACGUCCCAGAGGGCACAACGGAAAAACAUCAUCAGUUGUGUAACUGUCGGUGACAGCGAUGGCGAAGCUAGUCCAGGCCGAGCGCAUACUCAUUUGUACCAACAUUUGCCGCAACAUCCUCAGCAUCAGCAAACCACGCAGUUAAUUAAACAUGAGCCCCAGCAACAACAUCACGUCAGCAGCAGUAGCUCUGGAUAUUCUUCUCAAUCUCAAAAGAAACGGCUAUUGGCGAAAGUACAAUCUGAGUGUAAUAUGGUGAAUGUUGCAACAAAACCAGAGCCCGGCGUCGAAUACCUUGCUCCACAUCCGUGUCACGCGCCAGCCUGCAAAGAGCCACCGACCUAUCAGGAUGAUGCCUAUGACAUGCAUGACUACUUCUUGCAGUAUGUGACCACGAGUAGCGCGCAUCCGCACCUUCAAGAGCAGCAUAUCGUGUACACGACCGGCACGGACAAGCGGGUAUCGUGGCCUGGAAAGAGAACCGAAUACAAGCACGAAUACGUUCAACCACCUGCUGCUCAUUCGAGAGACCAUCAAAAAUGGGCGGUGGCUAAUACUGUGCAUCAGUAUAGGCAGAGCCAAGUGGUGGGUACGGCAGCCCAUCCGGGUCAUACCCACAGUCAUCAUGGGCAUCCGGCCCACUUGAGUCCUGGGGGCGGUGGCGGGGGCAGAAGUCCUGCAGGGGGGCCUGUAAUAGGAAGUGCCCAACAUCUGGGACAACCCCUGUACCAGGAGUACGCCCAUGUGCGUUCAAGAGCCCAUGCCGUGCCACCCCCGGUGUACGUAACAGCCGCUCCUUCUCAGGCUCCCACUGCUAUCCAGCAGCAACAAGUGCCCACCUAUCAGGGAUUCACACCCGGGUGGGUACCUAGACACCUAGUUGAUGCAUGCAUAGCUUUACGGAGACUUUCUAACGAUCAUCAUCCCGUUUUUUACAGCUCGUCUCCAUUAACGUUGUAUGAUUCUAGUCGAGCGUUGCCACCACCAGCUCAUCACAGCUCGGCCAGACCGUUGCUGGCAAGUCAUGCAGCGCACCCACUGCCUGCACAUAUGCAGCCAACAGCCGUAUACGGAUUGGCCCCUCUUUCGCCGGCCAAACAUCAAUAUCAACCUUCUGGUUUGUGGUUCACCGAGUAAACAAAAAAAAAAGAAAUUAUCCCUUUGUCUGUCUGGUUUUUCAGAAGAAGCUCAAAAUGCCGUGUACGAAGCUGCUAGAUAGAUGUGCUUCGACGCAAUUAAUUUUUCUGUUUUUUCCAUUGUGUGCGGCCGACUUAACGCAAAGACACGAUCGAACGAAAAGCGAAAAAUAGAGAACGAGAGGCUCUAAGGUUGGUUCAGUUGAGUUUCUUUUAUCCGUGAACGAAGGGGACGAUUUCACGACGCUGUUUUAUUAUCAACUAUGGAAAAAAAAAAGAAACACAGUGAAACGCUGAUCGCCUAUGACAAAAUUGACACGACUGAUAAAAAGGCUCGAUCCGCGUGUGUAUGUAUUUGUAUGAUCGAGUUCUAGAAACAAGAUAAAGAGUCGUUUCUGUCGACUUAACUUCUCCGACAAUCCGUCCUUAAGCUGUGCGAUUGUCCCCUUCGAACUGCCUGUUCGCAGAGAAUUUUUGUCUACAAUUGUUUGAUUUCGAUGAAAGAAAAGGGUGAAACAAAAAAGCACAUGGGAAUACUAGUGAAGCAAAAUCAGUUCUCUCUGUUUUCGUUUCGUUCGAUCAUGCGAAUCGUGUGCCAGGAAACGGGAGCACAGAACCGAAAGUUAAGAGAAAGAUAAAAGGAGAACGACGCGGAGAAAGUUUGACCGUGUUUUUUUCGUCGUCUCUCCUUUAACCGAGAACGAGAAAUUGCUUCGAUGAAUUUGUAAUUUGUAUUAUUUGUUUGUCCAAAUGUUGUUUCGUGAUAUACACGGUCGACGUUAAACGAUUUUAUUCGAUUUAGACGGGGCGCAUAUUAUGUCGAUAAUAUAAUACGUGACGACGGUAUUAUGCAUUAUUAUUAUUAUUAUAUAUAUAUACACACAUACGCUCGACGUUUUGUGCAUAAAGCUUUUGGAAGGGAGAAUAAUAUCGCGCCAAAAGGAAUUUUUACGAUAAUACACACGCGCGUGUUACGCAAAAUGAAUCAUACGAUUUCGUCUAGACGACGUUUGUAUCAACAUUACGCGGGGUUUAAGCGGAUAAAACAAACCACAUCGAUGCGUGUCGAUGAUUCGACAAAACUGUUUUGUACUUUGGUGUGCAACAGUUGUGUUGAUGAAUUGCAAAGAAAUUUUUUCUUUUUCGAGCUUCAACGUAACGGGAAUAAGUUUGCAUUUCUUUUUUGUAAAUGAUAUGUAUCCGAUACGUAUCGUGCACGCGCUAUUCUUGAAUAGCUCGUCAACAAAGUUAUCCGUGAUUCGGUAGAAUUCACGAUAAAUGUUUCCCUUUGCUCGUUGAAUCUCGACCGAUUGAAGAUUUUUGUUCUCGAGCGUGUAACGACGCUUUUUAAUGAAUUUCAAGAGCGUUGUCUUUUACGAAACGGACCAUCGCUGAUGGUGAUUCCCGUUCCGUGUUAAAACGAGGGAGUUGAUUGUUUUACAUGCACACACGUACACAGUUUUGAAAUUUGACAUUGAUGAAGUUUUGAAAAAUUGUUUUCCGAGUUUUAUCGGUAAUGGGGUUCGUUUCGUGUUGUCUUAAGCAUGCUUGUGGUGGUGUAUCCGAGACACCGAUCUUUUUUUUUGAAGUUUGAGAUUUCGAAAUCGAUGUCUAUUUUGAUUGGAACGUGUGUAUCAAGCGAAUUUGAUCGCACGAUUGAUUCUCGUUAUUGACAAAAGCUGUGCCUACUCGCAGCAGCCUCAACACUAUUUAUUUUUAUUAAGUGAUUCUUAUUGUCGUCAACGUAAUUACUAUUAUUAUUAUUACUAUCACUAUUAUUACUAUUAUUAUUAUGAUUAUUGCAACUAGGCAUCACUGAUUUUAAGAUAAUUUUAUUAGACAGUUCGCGGGUGUUUCGUAGAUACCACGUUCUUUGAUUAGAAUUCGUUGCAAGUAGGAUUUCAUCGUCUCAUUUAAUUCGUUUCAGUGUUUUUCAUUUCAUUGAGGGUUGUAGAGUUCAAGAAUGUACUUUGUUCAUAUACAUUGCACAAAUUUCUGGUUCAUAUAAUUAGCAUGAUUAAUAGGAAGGAAGGUAGGAGUUAGAGAAAUUUGUUAAGAUUCAGUCUCAAACAGAGCCUUCGUUGCAAAUGUUCUAAUGUCGAAUUGCACACACACACACACAUAUACUUUCUGGUGCGAAGUUCAUUUUUUUGUUUUUCAGUAAUUCCCUUUGAGUUUAUUCUCGUCGAAUCAUGUUCUUCCUUCGCGCACUUUGUCCACGUCGGUGUAAAAAAGAAAGCAGUUUCCAUUGUCUUGUAAUUCUUCGAACUGCAUAUGAUUGUAGAUGUGCAUGAACGUCGAUUUUGUAUAUAAUCAUCCGGGGAUAUCUAUCUUCCUAUUACCUUUUUCGAUGUUCGACAACUCUGAAAAAUGGAAUGCAACACUUUGAAAAAUGGAAAAAAAGAAGGAUCGAAAGGUUUUUCUCCCGCGUGCUGACGUGUGCAUCUCGUGGAUUUUUUAAAUGGAAUGACGCUUAGGCAUUGUUUUGCUAAUUAUUUUAUAUACAUAGCUGUAUGAUAAAUGUACGGGAUAUCAGCCGUGGUAUAUUGAUUAGAGUGAUCCAUGUCCAGAGUUUAAUUAGAAGUAUUUUACACGUAGAACGAGAGAGUGUGAUUGAAGAAGUGAGAAUGAAUGAGUGCAUGCGUGGUGUGUAUAGAAUAAUCAAGUGAGUUUUUAGAUACGUUAUUAUAAUCACAAAGAACAUCUUUUUAAAAAUACGACGGUGCUGUUAAUUCAUUAAUUUCAGAUAAUACAAAAGUUUGACAGAUUGAACAAGGGACACUUGUUAACACCUUAGCUACUGUUAACGCUUCAUCGGCGGGUUAUUUUGCUUCUUUUAGCAUUAUUAGUACAUUUACCCCCAUAGAUGCCUUUGUCGACUUUUCGGUUUGCCCCUCCCUCUGUACAGUUCCCUUUAAUUAAAAGAAGCCAUUUUUUACACUUAGAUGUACAUUUCCCUCAAAUACCUACAGAUCCUAUCGCUUUAACUUUAAAAAUACAGAAAAACGAUAGGCUUCCAGUUGCUAAGGUGUUAAAAAAAGAAAUCAAAAUAACUUCUUUUCUUGUUACAUCCACCAAGAGGCUCCCUUCUCUCUUAUAAUCGUACCAAAUUGAAACAGCCCGUCUAUUAAAACUGAAAUUGGCCUCGAUACCAUUCAUUUGCACGAUACAAAAGAGAAACGUUUAACCAAGUCGAUGUGCCUGUUUAACAAUUAAUCAUAUUACACUCACACUUUGUAUUUACUGCAAACGAGAGAAAGAAAUAGGACCGCCUCUUUGAUACACGUAAAGUAAAAAAAAUAUUGAAAUUACAAUCAACGUAAGUGUUGCGUGUUAAUAUCAACCAUACACGUUUACGAAUUAUAUUAACACAAGCACCUUUGCGCGCCUAUACAUGUAUAUAUAUACGUAUACGUAUGCUUCCAUGUAAGCCAUGUAGAAGUUUAAUCGCGUAGAGGAAAACAUUACCCUACCAUCUUUUCUCGUAAGUCGUGAGAUAAAAAAAGAAGUCAUAUCCUUAGAUUUCGCGUUUCAAUUAAAGGGACAAACCGUUGAUUCGCGUGUAAUGUAUUAUAAAAACAUUAGUUAUCAUUUUUUCUGUUAGAAUUCAUACAUGAUGCACAAAACAACACACUUAUAGAUUGUACGUAUACACGCGACUAUCAUACGCAUAUUAUAGUCAUAUCAUGCUUCAUUUUCGCAUCUGUAUUAUUCGUUUGCGUGGUUAGAUGGGCGUUGAGAAAAAUGAAAAAGAUUUCAGUCAGGUUCGUCGGGGUUUUUCAUCCAAAGAGCUGGUUUUGACUGACGAUAUUGUAACAUUUAUUUUUUCUUUGUUUGUAACGUUAGCGCAUUAAGACUGUAAUAAUUGUCGAAUCGUGUUCGAAUUAACCGCUGAUAUAUAUAUAUAUAUAUAAAUGUAUGCAUGUGUAUGUAUAUUAUUGUAGAUGUAUAUUGUUAUUUUAAUUAGAUUCACGUUGUUAUCGAUGUACGCGAGUAAAAGCAAAAAACACAAAGUAUUUGGGUGUAGAUUUUUUGUUCAGCUGGUCGCUUAGAUCCGGGUUACUCUCUUAACUCUUAGAAUAUCGUGAUCGAUGUCAUUACUACUAAUAUUAAAAAAAAAGCUUCUUUACUGAUUUAUUAUAUAGAAAAAUGUAUACUAUUACGCACGCGGUCCUUUUUUUUUAGUUCUUGGGUAAAAUCGUCAGUCAGUACAAGCUCACAGUCAUAUAUACAUUUAUAUUUAACUAACUCCUCAGUCGUUAUUAUUUUAAAAGGGGAUAAAAAUGAAAAAAAAAAAAAAAUCAACACCUUUCGCUUUGUACCAGUAAGGCACCAUCACCGCGUAAUAGAAUGAGUAUACAACAGUGGAAGUAGGCGAGGAAAAUUGAGGAGAGAAAGAUAAGCGGUACCGUAAUCGUAACGAUGAUGGUUCUAGUUGUGAUAUUUUAUUAAUUACAUAGUGUCGAUAUUCGUACGAAUUUUCCUUGGUCAGGCUUUCUCGAAAGAGCCCACUAUUUCGAAUUUUCACGUGAACAGAUUUUAGAAAAUCAAUUAUACGUUCCCGUGCGAUUGUCAUUUCCGAUUGAAGCGAUACUACGUUACCUUAGCUGCUCUUCAUCCGUUUGUAAAAAUUUUUCAUCCGAAACGUCGCGAUAAUCAUAAAUCAUCACUUUCAUAUACCAUUAAAGGAUUGAAGAAUAAACCAGAAAACUGGUUUACACAUUAAUUGAGCCGCGAGCGUAACAGUUUACCUCUUCCUUUCGGGUGACACGACACACAUGUACACACUCGAAGCUAUAGAUAUAUACAAUUAUUUUAAUCGUUUUUAAAUUUGUACAUACGUUUCUUAAUCGCAUCAGGGCUAGGAUAAAGGGUUUGGGGGGGAUUUGAGCGGAGUGAUUUCUUAGUGUCUAGGUGUAGUGCCUAAAAUGUUAAUGAGAUUGUGUCCAAUAGUAAAUUUUAUUUAGCGUGGAAUCUCUAAACGAUCGAUCCUAUGAUAGUAUUCGUGAACAGAAAGGAAGCAUUAUCUUAAUUAAAAUUUUUUGAUAAUUUCUUGAUAACAAAUUAUGAAGGAUGUAUUUGUAAGUUGAUGCUUUGUUUCUUUUACGAAUACUUGAAAUAAAGAAUGAAAAUGUUGAACACAGUUGUUCGCGUUGAAAUGGCCAGAAAUGAAAAAGAAAAAUGAACAGGAGAGAAAGAAAAGGAAUCAAAGGGACAUCCACGAAUAGGAUUACGUUUCUUCGUGGAUUUAGAAUUUAAUGUUCAUCGCGUUGUAUGAAUAGUUCAUAUGAAAUUAUAUUAUAUAUAUAUAUUAUAUAUAUAUAUACAUUAUAUCACUGUAACAAACAAAAUAACUGACUUUUUUGCGAGGAAAUAGAUAGCGGUAGUUAUAAUAAAUAUAUAUAUAUAUAUAGGAGAGAAUAACAUAUUUUUGGAGUUACUACUAGAGGAUUGAUAUCGUAAUUGUGCUCUGUGAGUUCUUAAAGAAAACACGUCUGUCUUCUUACGUUACUGGUAUUUAAAUCGUCGGAGGAUUGUUCGUAGAAAUCGGACCGCAUUUACAUCGAUUUAUAAAAAGGAAUCGAUACUACAAUAAUUAUCCUAAACUUAUAGAAUUUUGCUCACAAGUUCGUACACGUAGAAUCGUAAUUUAACCCUCGAAUGACGGUGACCCUGCCUCGUGAAAUUAACAAAUUUUCAAACAAAAUAAUAUAAAAUUUAGAAAAUAGUGUAUUGCUCUAGGUUUAUUCUAAAUUGUAAGCUCCCUGUUCUGCCGUUCAGGGGUUAACACUUUAAUUUUGAAAUCUACCACUUCAUAAAUUCUUCGUUCAUAUAAAAUUCAUCUAAUUAGUAUUGUGUUCUUUUGUUUUUUGUUGCUGUUACGAGUAAAUGAUGUCCGAUUAGGAAAGCAAGAGUGACCGAAUAGAUCACGUGAAUAAUUAACAAAGAAAAGAAGAAAAAAAAAUGGAAAAAAGAAAGAAAAAUUAGGGCUAGAAUCGACGAUUCACCUAUCUGACUGUUCUUCGAUGUUCUUAAAUGUUCACUAUUAUACUAUGGUAAUAUAUCGCAGAAUAAUAAUUAACGGUAGUACUUGUAUUAUAAAAAAGUUUGUCGAUCUUUAUGCAUAAUGCUAAUCUUAAGAAUUUAAUCGUAGCUUCGAAAGAGGACAACCAACUUGUGUAAAAUAGGAAAAAAAGAUAACACACAUCACUGCUUAGACCUUGUUAAUUAUAGUUAUCGUUAACGAUUUUUCUCGUCUUUAUUGGGUGAAGGAAUUUUUUAGAUGAAUAAUUAGAUACGGCUUGACAUUAGCUGGAAAAUAGUCUUCGCUGUGGAAUGAAAAUAGAAAAUUUCGUGUUUCUCGAUGUUCGUACGAUUUAUGAAACAUUUCUUUUUUUCCGAUUCUGAUUGUUUAAGUUUCUUCUCAUCCUUCACAUUCAGACUCGAUCGAUCCUUUCGUAGAAACUUUCGAAAUAGGAAAAGUUUUUCUACCAGCUCGUUUUUUCAUCGUCUUUGAAAAAUUUAAUACGAUUUAGAGAAUUUUAAGAUAUCCUUUUGGAUACCGAUUAACACGUUCGCUGUGAAUCGAGGGUCGCGGACAGAAAAAUCAUAUUAACUCUUUUUCGGAUUUCCAAAUUUAGUUCCUAAGAUCAUUAUUUACCAAAUGUACUUCGAAUAUACUUUUAAAUAAUUAUACCACCACACGUUGAAACAUACUUAGGGGGUUGUUUCGAUCCUCGUGAUUCAAAGAAAGGAUUCACAGUGAACGUGUUAAAUGGAAACAGAGAAAAAAAAGUGGGACACGUAGAGAAAAGAAUAGGUCUAUUUAAAACUGUUCUAGUAAUUUAGAAUUUUCUACGAUCGUAUGGAUAAGCCGGAAACUUGCUGUCGCAGAUUUCAAGUCUAUUCGCUCUAAUGGCUAACAUUGUAUAUUUAUAUACCGUAUAUUGAAUGUUCGUCUUUUGUGUAUUUUAAUUGUACUAUGAUAGUAGUAACGUCAUUUAUACUAUUAUUAAUAAUCGUUAACCAUCGUUGUGAUUAACACGAUACACUGGUUUAUUAAUUAACGAAAAAAUUUGCAUAUAGCAUGUACAGAUUCGUUUCAAUCUUCCACAAAGGUGUUUUUCUUCUUUUUUUUCUCUUUUCGUUGAUCGAAAAAAUGGUCUUGGUUCGAAAGAAGGAUGGCUGGUUCUAAAAGUCUUUCGAAAUAAUAAUCGUGAAUGAUUAUCAAUCAGAAUCUCCUUUUCUUCUUCUAAAUUCCCUCUAUAUUUUCGUAGCGUGUUUCUGCGAAGAAUUUUCAUCAAGCAUUGCCUUAUCGCGAUUGUUACAUUACCAUCGAUAUAUAUAUAUAUAUAUGUAUAUAAUAUAGUUACACGUAACACACGACACACGUACAUACACGUUGAGAAGAUAAGUCGUUUGUGCCGUCGAUUAACAUUAAUGUUUGCCAAAACUUCUUUAUCCUAUAUUCGUAUGGAUGUAACAGCUGUAUAAAUGUGUAAAUUAUCAUUGCCACGUGCAUUCGAAUUUAACCACGAAUUUCCUUUCGUAUUCUCGUUAAAUUAAAAUCAACAUAUCGAUUCGAUAAUUAAGAAUUUAUUUCAAUUCACUUGGAUAUUUUGAUCUGUAUAAUAUUUAAAGGUAUCUUUAAGAAUUAAACGAUGAUACGUAUUUUGAAUAAUUGCAAUUAGAGCAAUAUUUUCACUGUGUCGAUCAAGCUCUUAAAUUGGUAUCUUAUAACAAUCAGCGUGUUCAAUUUGAUGCUACUCAGUGUAACAAAAUUAAUUUGUUUAUUUAUAAAUUUGUGUCUACAAUGCGAAUGCAGCGUGGAUCCUUCGUAUACAUCCAGCAACAUGGUAACCCCAAUAAAUGAAUCGCCCAUCGAGGGCGAGCAAAAAACGAAGUGUCUAAACGGCGGUAUUUAGCGUAUAAAUAAAACAGAAAAAAACGAAGAAGAGUGUUUCUUUUCGUUUGUUUUCGUUUGUUUUAAGCUUUCGCGGGAAGUCUGUCGGUCUCAAAGUAUUAAAACUCUCAGGCUGCGCCCGACGGCGCCUGUCGAGGGGUCGCCAGAUGAAAAUGGUGUUCAAUCGAUAUCCGUAAACGCGAUUUAAUUAUUAAUUUGAAUGAAUCGUAGACGAGGCGCGAGCUUGCGGUUUGAUUUAAGAAAAUCUACAAUAAAGGAAUAAUCGUAGAAGCAUUUGCCAAGAACCAUUUUAUUUAGCGGUAGAUCGUGCCUUAUAUCACUGAUCCAUACUGGAUACUUUAUCUAAAUUUUCAUUCUAACUAAUCGUACUUCAAGUUUUGUAUCCGGUUAUCUGGUUGAACGCCACAUCUCUCUCUAUUUCUCUCUAUACAUAUUAUAUAUAUACAUACCGUGUAAUUAAAAAAAAGAAAAGAAACAAGAAAAGGGAGAAAGAAAUUGAAAAUAUUCAUUGCUUGCGCGUGCGACGAAUUAUUUCAGAGGUCGACCAGAGUACAAAGCGUAGGUUUAGUUUGGUCUCGGAAAUAGUUUGCGCACGAAUAUACAUACUAAUUCUACUAUGAAAUGUCGAAGUGUCGUCGUCGAACGUUAGAGAACCGAUCGUUAAUUAGCGUUAAAAUAGCGAGAACAAAGACACUGCGUUACGAUCACGAUCGUCGUCGAUCAAGCAUAAUUAGUCGCAUCGGUUUGGCUUCUUUUGUACGUACGACAAUAAAAAAAAAGGACUUUAAUGAAAAGAAUCAGCAGAUAAAUCAAAAGUACAUAGGCUUUAAAUCGUGCACUGAACGUAAAGUGCGAUUCAGUCCGAUCGGUUCGCUCUUCCAACACGUGGACGAGCCCCGAUAUCCGCAAAAUACAAUCGAUUCCAAAACUUGUGCUUGAUCGAUGCAAUCGGUGAUAAGUAUCGGCGCAACACUAUCUUUUAGACAACCAAAAACUAAUAUCACAGCGGCGUAGCUCGUUACUAUUUCAAAAACGAUUCCUUUUAAUUGAAAAUACCGUUCGAAGGUUGACAUUUUUAUUCGUUAUUAAUUUGUUACCAAAAUCUAAGAGCAAAAAACAAUUGAUGAUUUCUUGUUGAUUUUGAUAGUAGCGAGCUCCGCGUUUCUUCGAUAGAGCAGGUGUCUUAAUUAAUUCGGCGACGACUUACUUAAACGAACGUUUCUCAAUUUUUAAGUCGCGCACCGGCAUACAGGUGCACAUAUUAUAUCCUGGGGGCAAGAAGUCUAUUUGAUAUUUAUAUUUUAAUAUACACGGGCCGAUUAUAUAUAUAUAUAUAUGUAUAUAUAUAUAUAUAAUUAGCGUAUAUGUAAUUAUUGAAUAUUAAUCGAUAGCCUCGGUGGGCUGCUCGUCCAGCAACGAGAUCGAAUGAUCUUGAUCAGAAUGUAAAAGAUGGACGAGCAGAUUACCGAGUCAAGAACCACGAUUUUCUGUAUAUUACUGUAGUAUAAUAAUCAAACACUAAAGACUAAUGCUUAAGGUGAUCGAUCGUGGAGCUUCGAUGCUCUUCGAUACCGCGUAUGUGUAUUCGAGAAUAUUGCUAUGCGAGCUGGAAAGAUUGAAAAAUGAGAAAAAAAGAAAGAUGUGAAUUAAAUGAUUAAGAAAGAAAGGUACACGUUAGAGCGGUACAGGCAUCACUGUGUUUUAAAUGGUUAAUAAAUACAGAUGUGUCCGUGUUUUCGCUCGGACACCUUUUUUGAACAGAGUUCGCUGUGUUACGGUUGUGUUAUAAUUUUUUUAUUUUUCAUAUUUUCUUCGUCAAGCUCCUGUUUUCUUUUUGCUUCUCGGUGUUAUCCAUUUCCACACGUGUCCCACUCGUGAAUUCUUUCGACAAUACUCACCUUACCAUUCCAAGUUUUCUUGCAAAAAAAGUGCGAAAUUAAUUAAGUACCUGUUUAUAUAUCAAAGCAACCGUUCGAUCGAUCUAAGGAAAUCGAUCAACGUGGAACACUGAUCAAAAGAGCCGUUUAUCGUUCGUCUAAGCGCUAGAUGGAAAAGCAAAUAAAAGAAACGUCCCUUUUUUAUAACUUUCCAUCGAAUUCAGCGAACUCCGAUAUGAAUUUUAUCAAACAAGACAAUUUUAACCCGUAUCCACGCCUGUUUCUUCUGUCCUCUGAAAUGUUUUUUUAAUAACACUGGAACUUGAAAAUGUAACGUGUGAUUUUAGCGCUCCGUAAUUAACGUUAAAAGCCUUACCUUCGUUCAAUCUAUCAAAUGCUAAUUAUAAUUUAUCAUCCGUUUGUCUAAUUUAUUUUUAAUUUCAAAGUAAUUUGUUCCAGUGUUAACGCGAUACUGUAAUACAAAAUAAAAAUUCAGUUGUGUAUAUAGCCGCAGGUUUUUACGAAGCUCUUAAUUAGAAGACGUUUAGAAUCGUAAUUGUGUGUACAAUAGGAAUAUAUGUAGAAUAGAGAGAAAAGGAAAUUUAGCGCAGACUAAACAGCGAACAAACAAAUUUAACAUUUCUUAUACGAUAAAAAAACUGUUGUGUACUCAUCGACGUAAGUUUCUUGUAGUUUUUUCAAUCGUUAGACGAUAAGGAUAAAUAUCUGUCCUAAGUAACCGACCAAACGGAUAAUAGUUAUCUUUCGGAAUGCUAUGGUAAGAUCGGUUUCAAUUUUAUUUAUUUAUUUAUUUUUGUUCUUUCUUUUUCGUUGUAAACGCGGGAAACGAAUUUCAAAAUAGAGAAAAGGUUCGACGGCGAUAGAAAAGAAAAUCAAGGAUCAUUAUAAUUUUUCCUUCUAUAAGAAGACAGAUCGGUUAAAUAAAUUAGAAACAAAGAUAUCUCAUUUCCCUUUGUUCGUUCUCGUUUAAUUUUCUAAUUUCUCGAAAGUGUGUAUCGUUCACCUAGAUAGUACAAGAAAAGUAGAAGUUCCUCGCAAAUACGCUAUGAAACAGGACUGUUUUUCAUUACAAAACGCGUUCUACGUAUCCGUGUAAUAAUAGUUACAAAAAUUAAGCGUAGUGGAAUUUUUUAAAUACACACAGGCUUCUAUCUGUCGCGAUACCAUGAUCGUUUCUCUUCGAUCGACGAUUAAAAAUUGCCUCGACACGAAAGUAUCUCGAACGUACACAAAAGUUAAGAUACAAUAAUUUAUAGAAUUGCUAUCUUGACAAACUGAUAAAAAGUUUUCCCGUGUCGUUUAAAAAUUGUUUUCCUUUCUUUCAUUUACAAUGACUUACACAUUUGUUCACAUAUUUUUAACGCUAUAGUCAUUGUAUUUGGUCAAGAUUAAUUAUUUAAAAAAAAGAAAAUCACUUCAGAAUUUAAUUUUGUGUAUAUUCAUUAACACGUUGCCUGCUUCAAUAUUUUUCUCAACUAUUUGAUUAAAUUAAUCUUCGCGGCAGUCAACGUGUUAAUCGUGACUGUUUAAUUACCCAAAACCUUUCGAGUUCAGAAUAAGAAUAAUUUCACGUACUGUCUAAGCAUGCGACUGAAUAAUCAACCUGAAAUUAUUGCAAUAUCGCGUAACAUAAUAGAGAAUAAUAGUCGACGAGUGUAUAAAGGGUACGACAUUUAUGAGCAUUGUUAUAUAAAUAUAUAUAUGUAUAAAUACGUAUACUUGUAAUAAUUGAUAAAACCAGGGUAAACAUUACUAUUAUCUGUGUGUAAUACUUAAAAAAAAAAAGGAGCGCCCCGUGUGCGGUAUCACCGUUCACGAUGGUAUCGUGUGUCUCUGUACUAGUAAAUAUGCGUGUU